ACAAUAAAUAUUACUUAUGAUUUAUUCUAAGAUACUUAGAUACGGUUAAUAAGUAAUUUUUGUUCUACAGUGAAUCUAAAUAAAAAUGUUGUUGCGAUAUAUUAUCACUAAGUAUAUCAUUCAUCUAUAUCAUAAUAUUAUAAUUUGAAUUAUACUCAUACAACACUUUUAUAUUUAAUAAAACCAUUGCAAACGAAAUGUUCGAUAAUGGACGUGUCUAACGCACCAGAAUAAUUAAGUCGUCUCUAUUUCGACGAUAUAAUAAUAAUAUGUCAAAUUAGCCACAUGCUAGUGCGCGGCGGGCAGUGGGAAUUUUCAAAACGAAAAAAUUCGAUUAAAUUGUAUAAACUGCGAGUAUAAAAUGACCGGCACCGGUACCGAUUUCGUCAGUGUUAUAAGUUCAGACUUACGAGGAUCUACGACUAGCACAUAAGCUUUUACGAUCUCAAAGGAAAUAAACUUGGAACUUUUUGAAACUCAAACGAUGAACACUUCUUCCAAGAAAAUCGCCCUACUGGCCGCCGCACUAGUAUUGAUCGCGAUCGUCGGUUACACGUCUGCGAACAUGGCGGAUGUCGGCUUGUGCAUCAGAAACUGCGCUCAGUGCAAGAAGAUGUUGGGCGACUACUUCGAAGGAUCGCUGUGCGCAGACGCCUGCGUCAAAUUCAAAGGCAAGAUGAUACCGGACUGCGAGAACAUCGAAUCCGUGUCACCGUUCCUCAACAAGCUCGAGUGAUCUGCGCUAGCGAUUUCGCAAUUCGAGUAUAGUAGUUAAACAAUAAACAUUUAUGUAUAGUUGAUAGGAUAAUAUUAUUGUGAUUCUUUUAUAACGUGUACGCGGUUUUUGGUUAUUGAAACGUUCUAGAAAUAAAUCAUAUUAUUCGUUACGAGUAAAAUAAAAUCGUGUUGAUUAUUACGGUAGGUAUAAUUAUAUACGAAGCACGUGGUACGUUCUAGAACGACUUGACCCGUGAAAAUUUUUUUUUUUUGGUCAAAUCCUCUAAUUAAAAA